AAUAAAUAAAUAAAUGAACUUAAGCAAAAAAAGGUAAAUCCUUAGAUAGUCAUAGAGCUUUAGAGUAAAAGAGUUGGAAGAGACUUUGGAGACCAUUUAGAUAUUCCAACACAUUCAUUUUAUACAUGAGAAAAAUGAAGUACCAGAGGGUUCAGGUGAUUACCCAAGAACCCACCGAGCAAACUGAAGACGUACUUUAGAGUUUUAUCAUCCCAGACUGGACAUCUGCUCCUACCACCCUACCCCUUCAUUCAUGAACACAAACCUCAGCAUACACACUCUACUUUCUUCCUUACAUCAAAGAAACCAAUGAUUUGCUAUGAAAAAGGAAAAGGUAUCAGCUAUGAAGACAAGAAGUGAAACACGACUCUCGUGUAAACCUUUGAUGUAGUGUAUCUAAUUCCUGACUUUUCCAUGCUUCUUCCCUGCACUGCCCUAAGAAGCAAAGUACAUUCCAUUUUCAAUAGCUUGUUAGAACAUAUGGCUCCUAAGAAGGAUGCAGUCUGUUGUUUUUGUUGUUCUGUUUAAUCUCUGCCUAUCGCCUAUCCUUUAAAUUAAAAAAAAAUACAUAAACUCUAGGAUCAAAGUUAUAAUACAUUUUAAUACUCUCAUCUGGAAGCAAGACUGUUUUGAGUUAUUUUUCCUAACCAAGCUUAAUACACUCUAGCAGUUCUCCCUUUACACACUUAUCCAGCAGGGAACAGAACACACCUCUAGCAUCUAUCCUGGCACACUAAAGUGCUCAGAGAAUGUUGGAUGAAUGAAUAAUAAAAUCAGUACUUAAAAAUAAUCUCCAGCAUAUGAAGAUUAAUCUAGCCUGAUGCCUCUUACUCUCCUUAUCUUAAACUCUCUGCCUUCCUACUAGCACUGAGAGAUCAUAGUACUGCUUAUCCAUGUGGAAGGCCACCUUUCUAUUUUACAUACCUUUCCUGGUCGUCUUGUUGUGAAGAAAAUAUAUGCACCAUGAAAUAUGGUAAAUGUAUUAUUUAUAGAGCUUUUAAACCUAUUACUUUUUGUUUCUGAAGGUAAAACAAAAGCAUGGAAGAGGCAAAGGCUGGUAGCAUUGGAUAUACACCUAAGCAAUGUGCUUCCCUAGAUGUAAACCCUGAGUUCAUGUUUGCUGAAUCUGAAUCCUAACGGAAGUCUCAAGAUAACAGGCAUCUCAGUCUUCUAUUGUCAAUGAUGAAACCGUAAUAGGGGAAAAUGCAUUUGUCUUUCAGUGAGUUCAACUCAUGCCUACCCCAAACUGGCUCCUUACCGACCGGCAGGACAGCUCCUCUCUCCCCCUUUGUUGCUCUCAGUCUUUUUGAACACCUGUUUCACCUGCAUUGUGCAAAUCUGUGCAUUUCUCUAUGUGAAGCAGCAGCCCUGGUAUUGUGAGGUCUACAGAUACAGUAAGUGCUUUCUGGACAACCAAAGUAAUUUCUCAAUGAAUGUGAGUUUGGAGAGAAAUGGGACUGAAAAUGCAACGCUGGUUCCUGGUUCAGUUUUAAGUUUUGAGAGUACCACACUGUGGCCCCUCACCACCAUCAACUGUAUCACAGCAGCAUUUAUCUUCUCUAAGGGAAAGCCAUUUCGAAAACCCAUCUACACAAACUAUAUAUUCUCAUUUCUGCUGAUAUCUGCCUUGGGCCUCACAGUUUUCAUUCUGUUUUCUGACUUUCAAGAUAUAUAUCGUGGAAUGGAGUUCAUCCCAACACUGACAUCAUGGAGGGUUUCGAUUUUGGUGGCAAUCCUCACCCAAUUCUGUGUGGCCUUCCUCGUAGAGGAUUUCAUCCUUCAAAAUCGAAAGCUCUGGCUAUGGAUCAAAAAAGAAUUUGGAUUCUAUUCUAAAAGUCAAUAUAGGCACUGGCAAAAAACGCUGGCGGAAGAUUCCACCUGGCCUCCCACAAACAGAACGGAUUAUUCAGGUGAUGGUGAAUAUGGAUUCUACAUCAACCGUGGCUAUGAAAGCCCUGAAGAGAUUCCAAAAGCGAAACUCGGAUUGGAAGGCCAAACCACAGAACAGCAUUUUUGGACCAGGCUGUAAUCAGAAUUAUUGUCAUAUGGGGUUAACAGCAUCUCCUUGCUCCCAGAAACUAACAUAUUGUGGAAAGGUGAUGACAGUCUACCUCUACCUUUCUUUAUCCAUCAGAGAAUUCAAGGUGCAUUUCUCGAUGUAUUGAACCUUGCAAAAAAGAACCUUAAAUAUGCUUAUUUUGACUGUAUCCUCCACUACUGAGGAAAAACAUGAACUUCCUCGAUUGUCUUUUUUUUCCCUUAAUAUUGCAUACCAUUAUCCUGGCGGAAAUGCCCAAGCUUUUAUGGUAGUGAAAUUAGUGGUAUGAACAUCAGUAGAAGGAAAAUUCAAGAAGAGUUUGGUCUUUGAAAGUUUCACCAAUAUAUCUUUAAUUCACAGACAAAUAAAAGAAUAAGUCUUUCUAUCAAUAAAUUAUCACAAGUUUACUGAACCUUA